AUGGGCUCCAAGUACCCGCCGUCUCUCCAGGUCUGCCUGCCCCGGUGGGCCUUAAUGCUGGAGGCAACUUUCAUUUUCAUCUUCUUUUUUUACACCUCCUAUGACACGUCCUCGAAGAAUCAGAAGACGCUCAGGGAGACCUAUCGAGCCUUCCAGGAUGUCACCGUCAUGGCCGCCCUUGGCAUGGGCUUUCUGGCCUCAUCUUUGCGGAGAUACAGCUGGAGCAGUGUGGCCUUCAGCCUCUUCUUGCUGGUGCUCGGGGUGCAGUGGGCACUCCUGCUGGAUGGCUUCCUGGAAAACUUCUCUAACGGGAAGGUGGUCAUCAGACUCCUCAGUAUUCAGCUGGCCACCAUGAGCGCUAUGUCGGUUCUGAUCUCAUUGGGUGCCAUCCAGGGGAAGGCUAACUUGUUGCAGCUGGCGGUGAUGGUGCCACUGGAGGUGACAGCCUUUAGCACCAUGAGGAUGGUCAACAGGCGCUUCCUCAGUAUAGACGAUCACGCAAACAUGAUGCACAUCUACGUGUUUUCGGCCUAUUUUGGGCUGACUGUGGCCUAUUGCCUCUCAAGGCGCCUGCCCAGUGGAACUCAGGAGAAAGAUCGGACGGCAACGAGCCCCAGUUUGUUUGCCAUGCUGGGCACCCUCUUCCUGUGGACGUUCUGGCCAAGUUUCAACUGUGCUCUGCUGAACGAUCCAAACGAAAGGAAGAAUGCCAUAUUCAACACCUACUAUGCCCUGGCAGUCAGCACAGUGACAGCCACCUCAGUGUCGGCCUGGGCUCACCCCAAAGGGAAGAUCAACAUGACUCAUAUCCACAAUGCGGUGCUGGCAGGAGGCGUGGCUGUGGGUGCCUCGUGUCACCUGAUCUCUUCUCCCUGGCUCGCUAUGGUGUUGGGCUUUGUGGCUGGGCUGAUCUCCAGUGCGGGAGCAGAGUGCCUGCCGGUGUGUUUUAACCAAGUGCUGGGGCUUCAUGAUACCUGCGGCGUGUACUACACCUUCAGCUUGCCGGGUCUACUUGGAGGAAUCACCUAUAUUGUGUUACUGACGCUUCAGAUCAGCUGGACCAAGAAUUCCAUGACUGGCUACCAGGUGCUCUACUCUGAGGCACUCAGGAUGGCCCUGGCGUCUAAUGCCUUGUGUCUGGUGUUUAGUCUGGUGUCUGGUUUCCUGACAGGUUUGCUCCUAAAUCUCAAAAUAUGGAAAGGACCUCAUGUAACUAAAUAUUUUGAUGACCAAGCUUUCUGGAAGUUUCCUCAUUUGGCUGUUGGAUUUUAA